AUGACUAAAAUUGGAAAUAUUCCUGUCUUUUUGAACAGCUUUCAACAAUUCGUUGAGAAGUACGAAUUUGAUGACAUUUUUGAUCAACAAAUUAAAAACAUCGAUUCUCGUGAAAAUGAAAUUUAUAUAAGGUUGUCAAUCAAAGAAGAUUUCAAUGAAUGUCCUGAUAUAAUGAACAUAAUCACAGGUGUCCUUUUGGAAUCAUUCGUGACUUAA